GGGAAGGAAUGUCAAACACAUUCAGACAGAAAGUGUAUAAUGAUGCAGAAACGCCCAUAGCACCGAACACAUUCAAUGCAGACACUCGAGUCCCACGUGGACCCUUGAAUGUGAGCGAGUCGACAGAACGGAAGACCUGCGAGAGGGGAAUUUUCUUUUGCGCACCGAACUGUUGCUUCUCAUUCGGUUUUGGUGCCGUGACAAAGUGGAGCAGGCUUUCGUUUUUUCUCGAGCGACGCUGAAAACCGAUCCAGUCCUUCCGUCCGCUGCCAGCUUUCACACUGCAGAGAGGCAAUAACAAAGUUACAAAAUAAAAAUAAAAAAGAAGGAAAGAAGGAAAAGGAAGAAGCUCUUUUUUUUUCUUGGUUCGAGGAGGAGGGAUGGCGAAGUUGUGCGAACACCGGAGUUGCAAAAAACCUUCAGGGACCGUGAGAAAUGAAACGGCCAUGACUCGUAAUGGUCAAGAACCAGACGACAGCCAAACGUUCCGGCUGAAAAUGAGGAGGCAUGUUAAUUAAACCCCCAGGGAGAUAAAAACAUUUCAAGGAGAAAGACAUCAUAAGAAAAGGAAAAACAAAAUCAAAGGAGGACAACUCUUUUUUUCCCUGUGCAGCUGAAGGACAUAUGGAUUACUCCCAGUUUGCACGUGUCUUUAAAUGCACUGUUCAUCCCCGUUCUGUCUCUGCCUGUUUUUUCCACGUCCCCCUGGAAGGCGGGAGUCUGUUUACAGUGUGUUCAAGCUCUUAAACACUUGAUUACACUGUCUGAUGUUGAGAUCUUUAACAGGUGUUCUGGGACAUGAUUGCAGUAUUUAACUAAUGCCAUCAGGGCAGUCUAUUCCCAUGAGAACAUUUUGCCAAGCCGAACGUUAAAUAACUUUCUUGCUGAUUAAUGAUGUGGUUUAUAACGUGAGUGCUUACGGUCCCAAUAUAUCAGAGAUAUCAGCUCAAUCCCGUUUUGAGCCGUGUGUAGAUUUUAAAUGUUCUGUUCUUCCAUGAGGGCUUUUGUUGCUGGAUAAUCAGUGGCAAUCAAUUAGUGAAGCUGUGUACUCGGAAAUGUGGCAAUCAUGUGAUUUUCUUCAAACCCUGUAGCAUCCAUAAUACUAUACUGUUUAAAACUGUAAUUAGUAAUUUUUUUAAUUAGUUAAAUUUAAAAUUAACAUUUUGCGGAAGUUGAAGGAAAAACUCAGCCGUUCUUUUCACCAUGCUGAAUCAGGGGUGUCGGAUCGUUCUUUGAUUUGACGGGUGAUUGUUCUCCCCCCCACUACAAACUACACUGACACCCAAAAAAAAGUUGAGCAUGGCGGUGUGGGCGGUCCUGUCCAGACUGCUGCUCAUACUGCUGCUCGGCUCAUCCUCUCUGGCGCAGAAAGGAGAGAGCACGGAUACGGACCACCGAACAGCCAAUCAGACCGCAGUGCCCUCCGUCGCCCCGGAGGUCACCUUGACAACUCCGGGAGGUGAUGUGGAGGAGGAGACAGUCCCGCCCACGGGCAGCCGUUGCCAGGGCUACUACGAUGUGAUGGGCCAGUGGGACCCGCCUUUCAACUGCAAUGUGGGCAUCUACCUGUACUGCUGCGGCACCUGCUACUACCGCUUCUGCUGCCAGUUCCGGCAGCACCGCCUGGACCAGACGUCCUGCUCCAACUACGACACGCCCAUCUGGGCCAACACCGGCAAGCCCGGGGCGCCCGUCACCGAGGCCCAGGACGAGCACGACCGGGACCGCACGCACAUGAUCGUCUACAUCAUCUGCGGGGUGGUGGCCAUCAUGGUGCUGGUGGGCAUCUUCACCAAACUGGGCCUGGAGAAGAGUCGGGGAGGGCAGACUGACAUGACCAGCUCCAGGACACUGACGGAGCUCCUGAAACAGCCCGGGGGGGAGGUGGCCUGUGUGGAGGGGGCGAUGGGGAGCCCCCCCAUGGGAACCAACGGGAUAUCCGCCCGCAUGCUGCGCAGCCGGAGUGAGCAGUACCACCUCAACAACGCCCCCCUCACCCACUUCAGCCCGGGGGCGGCGCCGUCCCACACGCACGGCAACCUCAACGUGGCCGGCCUGGACUUCAACAAGUACACCUCGCUCAAAGCCGUGGCAGACUCCGCCUCCAGAGGGCACUACAAGAGCUACCCGCUGAUGGACUUCGCCCACUACCAGGCCGCGCCCCCAACCUUCCAGCCAAUAGCGCUGCACCCCAAGGACAAGCCCUUCCUCCCGCCGCCGGACGCCAACGCACCGCUGAGCAUCGCCAUCCCCGGCUCCCAUCUGGUCCGGCCGCGGAUCGCCAAGACCAUCACGCACCCCCUGCCCUCCGGCUCGGCCUUCAAAGCCUGGGACCCCAGCCGAGCCCACGUCCAGCGGCAGACCACGCACCCCGGCUACGCCUCUGGCUACGCCUCCGGCCGCCGCCUGGCCUACGCCAGCAGGAGGCAGUGCAGCACGGAGACUCUCCCGCCGCUGGCCUUGCAGCCCCUGGGGUACGGGUACGGCGGCCCGCAGCCGCACCCCAAACACAAGGCCUACCCCACAAACAGCAAGACGGAGGUGACCGUCUGAGGGGGGGGGGUGGGCGCUGGGGCGGGGACGGCCUUGGAGAAGAUCUGUGUGUUCUGUGUUAUUUUUAGGAAAUGGUUGGGUGGGGAGGGGGGGGGGAGGAAAGGAGAGCAGCUUUCUGUGAUGCUGAUGGUUUCCGCUCUGAUGGAGUCUGUCGCUGACUGUCCCCGGGCUCCCUCCCCAUGUACAGUACUGUCUGCAUGUCCGCUUGUCUCUUAUCAUCCCCACCGCCCCUGUCUGUCUCCAUCUCUCCUUAUCUCUCUCUUCCUCUCUCUACCUCCCUCUCUUACUCCAUCUCUCCUUAUCUCUCUCUUCCUCUCUCUCACACCUCGUCUCGACCUCCCUCUCUUACUCCGUCUCUCCGUCUCUCUCUCAGGCUCCAUCUCUUCCUGUCUCUACCUCUCUCUCGCUCCCUCCCCAACUCUCUCCUUUUUUCUCUCUCUCUCACACACACACCUCACCUCUCCCUCUCUCUUGUUCUCUCUUUCUCUCUCACCCCCAUCUCUCUUCCACCCCCUCUCUCUCCCUCUCACACAAACUUCCAUCUCUCCCUCUUUUUCUCCCUGGCUUCUCCCCCACGCGGCCUGGGCAUUGUAUUUUUUGUUGGUUUUGGCGGUUUUGGCGGCACAGGGAAAAGGGGGCCCCCUGGAGGCGAACGGCAGAAACGCAGGAACGAAUCUGUCGCCAUGUCAGCCCCAAUCAAACUCCAUCCCCGCCGAUGUGAGAGAUUGUUCUGGCAGUCGUUAUUCUAAGAAAGAGGGGGAAUUUUUUUGUUGUUGUUGCCUGGCAGCGCAAUCUGGGCGGAGCUUUGGAACCGGCGGAACAUCUGGGGGCUGCCCAGCGCGGGCAUCCGCGCCGUGGCGCGUGGCACCCGGCGGGCACAGGUGGAAGAGGAUUCACUCUGUCAUGCGCGGGCCCCUGGAGCAGUGAGCAGACCCCUCUGUGGCCCUCUGACGCGUGAGACACACUGUACAGGUCGUCUGCUCUCCUCACGUCAAGCCAAGGCUGCAGAGGGCCACGAAACGCCAUCCACCCCCUCCUUGGGUGAUUAUGUUUUCACAACACGGUGUUUCCAGUGAGCCGCCAAGUUCUUGUGCUAGUGAAGUUUACGUGUGUGUUUCGGGUGGUCCCCAUGAUUAGAAACGACCAACUCUUUUAUUGCUGAUUCCUUUAAGCAUUGUACACUGCCAGUGGGAAUAUGAUGACACCUGUGGAAGAACACUAUGGGUUAUGGUGAACCUGCACUUAGAGUAACACUAGAGUUUACAGUUGGGUGUACUCUCUUUAAACUAAAGGCCAUGACUCAUCACAGAUGUUUUGUAUCUGUGCGUGUGUGUGAAGGGGUGGGGGAGGGGGGUCCAAGAAAGUUUUUAGGGUUAUUUCACUUAAAUGUUCCUGUAAUACUGAUAGGUACUGUAGAAUCACUGUCAGCUCAAUUCUAACUAUCCUCACCUGUCAGAAGGUGAGACAGACAGACAGACAGAGGUGACAGGUGGAGAUGGUAUGGGUGUAAGUGUUACAUCCACAUAAGAGGGCUAGGUGUAGGUUUUUUUUAGUGUUGUGUCCAGUUUCCCAAGGCACACGUGUGUGUGCACCCUGUCAAACCAACUGUAGCAUAGUUUAUAAUGUGUCCAGUAGGGGCCUUAGCUGUUCUGUUAGUUAAAGGCAAUAAAGGUAGUGGAUUUAUUAUUGAUUAAGUUCUUUCCACGCCCAACCCCAGCCCCCCAAUCACACACACACCGCUCAGACAGACUGACUGAUCACAGGGACCCCGGAGUCUUCCAGGCUGUUUGCAGCCGGGCGUCGCCUGCGAUAAUCGGCCUAAUUAAUGACGCUCAACACAGCAGAUAAUGAUCUGAUGCAUUUAUAUGGAGGAUUAACGUCACCCCCCCUCCCCCA